GCAAUCAAGACACACUUUUCAUCAACUUUAUCAGAGAGUCAGAGAGAGAAAGAGCCUCCUCUGUGUUUUCUGAUGGGGAUUUGUUUGAGCAAUCAGAUAAAGGCUGAGAGCACCUUUCAGACUGAUACAGGUUUGACUCCAUCGUCGAAAAUGGCGAGUGGAGAUGGGCCCGAGUCAAGCUACUCGAGCAGCAAAAGUUCCUCGACAUUCACGUUCGGUGAUCUAAAGGCGGCUACAAGGAACUUCCACCCGGACAGUGUCAUUAGGGAAGGCGGUUUUGGUUCGAUUUUCAAAGGUUGGGUUGACGAGCAUACGCUAACGGCAACAAAGGCGGGUAUUGGUUUGGUUAUAGCUGUUAAGAGGCUCAAUCAAGAUGGCUGGCAAGGACACAAAGAAUGGUUGGCUGAAAUUAACUAUCUCGGCCAAUUGCGACACCAUAAUCUCGUGAAGUUGAUCGGUUACUGCUUAGAGGACGAUCAACGGCUUUUAGUCUAUGAGUUCAUGCCAAAGGGUAGCAUGGAGAAUCACCUCUUCAGGAGAGGUUAUUUUUUCCAGCCUCUUUCUUGGAGCCUGAGGAUGAAGAUUGCUCUUGGUGCUGCAAAGGGGCUCGCCUUUCUUCACAGUGCCAAAACACAAGUGAUUUAUCAGAAUUUCAAGACUUCCAAUAUUCUGCUCGACUCGAACUAUAAUGCGAAACUUUCGAAUUUUGGACUUGCGAAGGAUGGGCCAACCGGUGAUAAAAGUCAUGUCUCGACUAGAGUCAUGGGGACCUAUGGAUAUGCUGCCCCUGAGUAUCUAUCUACAGGACAUUUAACGGCCAAGAGUGACGUGUACAGCUUCGGGGUCGUUCUCCUCGAGAUCAUAUCCGGUAAAAAGGCGAUCGACAAGAACCGACAGUCGGGCGAACAAAAUCUCGUCGAGUGGGCAAAGCCUUACAUGAGCAAUAAACGGCGAGUUUUGCGUGUCAUCGAUGCGCGUCUCGAAGGGCAGUACUCUUUGGUACAAGCAGGGAAAGCAGCUAAGCUCGCACUACAAUGCCUUUGCAUGGAUGCACGGUCGAGGCCGAAUAUGGAUCAGGUCGUGACAGCUCUGGAGCAACUACAAGACUCGGAAAAGGUCGAGUCGAAGAAGGAUCAAAAGCAUUAUCGGUUAGAAAGACGCAGCCAAACGAAGCCUAAUUUCGUCAACAUGAGUAAUGCUGAGAAAUUGUAUAGAAAACCGGUGACUUAUCCAAGACCUUCGGCUCUUUACGCGUGA